ACCUAUCACAAAUUCGUGUUAAUCAGAAACUUAACCACAUUCUGAUAAAAAGUUAUCACUGCUAAAUUUUAUAGUGAUUUAAUUAGUUAAAUGAUUGAACCCGGCGUGGAAGGAAAAAAUGAAGAGCUUAGUUCCAGUGAUCCUAAUUUUAUUAGCAACGACUCAAUGUGGAAGUUGUGCCAAAAUCCUGGGAGUUUUUAGUAUACCGGGACGCAGCCACUACCUCCUUGGCGCCACCUUAAUGAAAGCCUUAGCCGAGAAAGGACAUGAUGUCACCAUGAUCAGUUCCUUCGGCGAGAAGGAACCACCAAAAACGAAAGGAACGUACCGAGACAUAGUGGUCACAGAAGUUAUAGAAAACAUGAACGAAAUGAUCAAAGAGCAAAAAAUGAACAUGUUCGAUCGGGAAAAGGGAAACCCAUUCUUGGAAACCAUUAUAAUCGGGUAUAUGAUGCCAAAAAUGAUGGAACCAGUGUUAGGAAACAAAGAAGUGCAAAAACUGAUUCACUCUGACGAAAAAUUCGAUGUUGUCAUCAUCGAACAGUUUGUAAAUGAUGCAGAAAAAGCACUAGCGACGCAUUUUGGGGCACCGUUGAUAGUUGUGAGUCCUGUAGGAGCGAACUCUUGGGUAAACACGAUCGUUGGUAACCCUGGCCCUACGUCAUACAUUCCGACGGUUCUGACAGACUAUUUGGUCCCUAUGACGUUCUGUGAGCGUCUUAUGAACAGUGUUUUGCACGUAAUCGGCCAAAUUAUUUACCAUCUGUACGUGUACCCUACCGAAAACGCAAAAAUCAAAAAAUACAUCCCGAACGGACCUGAUAUUUCUGACGUACUUUACAAUGCUUCAAUAGUUUUGAUGAACUCUCACCCGAGUCUGAACCAACCAGUGCCGUACGUACCCAACAUGAUUGACGUAGGAGGGUUUCACGUCAAACCCCCAAAGAAGCUCCCGCAAGACUUGCAAGAGUUUUUAGACAACGCGAAGGACGGGGUUAUUUAUUUCAGCAUGGGUUCUAAUUUGAAAAGUGCUGAAUUUCCACCAGAGAAAAGGGACGCGAUUUUGAGGACGUUCGCGAAGUUGAAGGAGCAAGUUUUGUGGAAAUGGGAGGAGGAUGUUUUGCCUGGGCAGCCGAAGAAUGUUAAAUUGUCUAAGUGGUUCCCACAGCAAGAUAUUCUAGCGCAUCCAAAUGUGAAACUUUUUAUUACGCAUGGGGGUUUUUUAAGUACUACUGAGACCGUUUACCACGGGGUACCCAUUUUGGCGAUUCCUAUACUUGGUGAUCAAAAAUUGAACGCCAAAAGUGCCAUGAGCAAGGGUUUUGGGCUUGUGUUACCGUACAGUGAGCUUACGGAAGAUAAACUGACACAAAGUAUUCAAGAAAUUUUAAAUAAUCCUAAAUAUAAAGAUAACGCCAAACAGAUUUCGGAAAACUUCCACGAAAGACAGGUGAGUCCAAUGGAGACUGCGAUAUACUGGAUCGAGUAUGUGAUUCGUCAUAAAGGAGCACCACAUUUGAGAGUUGCAGCUCUUGAUCUACCGUGGUACCAAUAUUAUUUACUAGAUGUAAUUGGUUUUCUAGUUUUAGUUAGCUCGGUGAUUGCAUGUAUUUCUUACUAUUCGAUAAGAGCGGUUUGCAAAAAAUUGUGCAAGAAAGGGAAAAGUAAAAAAUUAAAGCAGAAGUAAAAUUUAUUGAACAAUAAAAAUUGGAAUGUAAUAGAAA